CCGCCAUUGGCCACAUGGAGGCAGCACUGGCGCAGUUGACAUUUGAUGUGCGUAAAUGUGUGUGCGUGAAGUGUGUUGAAAACAAAAGCGAAUAAAAUUGGCUGCAUUUUCAGUCGCGGAAUAAACACAGCAAAACCGCGCUGGAAGUACUACUAAAAGUGAAAGCAGACGGGAGACGUGUGAUAGUAGCAAUUUAUCAAUGACUCUUGAGGCCGGAGGGCGGAAUUUGGACUCACAAGCUAUUCAACUUUGAGCCGUCAUCAAUCUACGGGGCGAAUUCCGGAUAUGGCUGGAGAGAACAGUGACUUUCACACAAUGCAGCGACGCAACAUGAUCUUCGUGUGCGGUGAAGAUGAUCCGAGUACUUUUGAGCAGGAUGAUCUGGCGCCCGCGCUUCCCUUGCCCAGCCUCGACGCCACCUUGGAGCGCUAUUAUGACUGUCUGAAGCCCUUCGGCACGCAAGAAGAGCUGAAGACGUCCAGAGCGACAAUCGAGGCCUUCAGGAAUGGCAUUGGAGGAAAAUUGCAAGCGAUUCUGGAGAAAAAGGCGCAGUCCGAGAAGAACUGGGUUGCCAAAUAUUGGGAAGAUUACGCUUAUCUGUGCCUACGGAUGCCUCUUUUGCCCUUCUGCGGCAUGAUUCACCCCUUCAAUCUGCCCAGCGCUGGUAUUCCAGAGACUCCCGAGAUGGCUUUGAAGACCACCGCCUGGAUGUUUCAUCACAUUAUUGAGUUCUGGAAACUCUUGCGUCAGGAACGCGUGAAAUCGGGCUCCACGAGUGCUGCUCCACUAACAUCCUUCCUGCACAGGCGCCUGUACAACUCCUGUCGCCUGCCCGGCGAGAAGAUGGACUCCAUCUGGAGUGCCUUUAAGACGGAAAAGGAGGGCGACUGCCCAAGUCACUCAAUCAUCCUGUACCAAGGGCGGAUGUUCGUCUUUGACUGUGUGGACGAGAAAGGAGACAUCUUGUCUCCUCAGCAGUAUUUGGCUGUGUUCACAGCGGUUAAGGAUAUCGUGACGAGGGAGAAGAAACCUGGCGAUUGCGUUGGCGUUCUCACCAGCGAUGACCGGACGAAUUGGGCCGUCAACCGGAAGAGACUCUUGGACAUGUCUUCGAACAACAGGAAAGUGCUCGAGUUGAUAGACAGCGGCGUUGUGGUGAUCAACCUCGAUGAUCAGUGUCCGAGUGAUUACAGCGAAGCCGUGGCUGAUAUCAUGGGUGGGGAUUUGGUGCAGAGAUGGAGUGAUAAGAGCCUCAAUUACGUGUCAUUCGCCAAUGGGAAAAUCGGCUGUGUUGGCGAGCACACUUGCUUUGAUGGCACGAUUGCUGUUCAUCUGAGUUCUUUCCUGCUGGAGAGCCUCUCGAGUGGCCCUGAGCCUGAUUGGAAGGAUGCUAAGCCUCUUCAGAAGCCGCCAAUCGAGCUUAUCUUCGAUCUUGACGAGUGUCUUCGCGAUGAAAUCACACGCAUGAAGACUGUGGCGCGAAAACACAAACUCGCCGUUGGAGUGGAUUAUUCGCAAUUCAUGGACUUUGGGAAGGAAGUGAUAAAAGCUGAGAAAAUUCAUCCGGAUUCAUUUGUUCAAUUGGCCCUUCUGCUCACAUUCCACCGCAUUCAUGGCCAAUUUGCCCCAACGUACGAGACAGCUCUCAUGAGAAAUUACUACAGGGGUCGAACAGAAACAGUUCGCUCGUGCAGCGAAGAUGCUGUGAAAUGGAUUAAAUGCAUGGUGGAUGCCGAAGCGUCGAUUCCCGCGAAGGUAAAAUUAUUCAAAGUGGCUGCUAAGAGACAAACUCAACUUAUGAAUGAUGCAAGAUCUGGCAGAGGAAUCGAUCGUCAUUUAUUCGCUUUGUGGUGUAUUGCAUAUGAGAAUGGAUUUGAAAUUCCCAAACUCUAUGAUGAUCCACUCUAUUCUCGCAGCGGGGGCGGAGGCAAUUUUAUUCUAUCAACGAGCACCCUGGGAUUCAAUGUGUGUGGCGGAUGUGUGGCGCCCAUGUGCCUCGAUGGUUAUGGUUGUUUCUACAAUAUUUUGCCCAACAGUAUUAUUUUAAUCACGACUGUAUUCAACGACAGCACAAAGACCAAUUGCAAGAAGUUUACGCAAUACUUUCAAGAUUCACUUAGGAAAAUGAGAGAGAUUCUGGACUUGGACACGACAUCGAAAUUGUGAGGUAUUCAAUUUUACACUGCUUUUUGUAGUUUUAGCGUUGUUUUUUUUUCUUCUUUUCAAACUUGAUGAGAUUUUUAUUGGAAAGGUUUCAACAUAUAUUGUGAUGGUGAAUACGUAACAUUGUUUUUUUUUGUAAUUUUAUAUUAUAAUUAAAAGUGUAGACCAA